AUGGCCGCCUCGCUGCCGCCGCUCGCGCCGCUGCCGCUGGAGCCCCCGCGGGUCCCCGAAAUGUUGGUGGGGGGCAGCAAAUUCAUCCGCUGGGACGAGGAGGUUGAGCUGUUGGACAUCACCGUGAUCCGAGACACCCGCACGGGCCGGUACGCCCGAGCACCCAAGGAUCCCAGGACUCGAGAGGUUCUGGGCUUUGGGGAGCCCGAGGGACCCCCCCAGGGGCGGCUGCUGACGGUGGUUCACGGCCCCGACAUGGUCGGCGUCGCCUUCCUCAACUUCCUGGCGGUGCAGGACGGCGUGGCCAAGGUUUGGGCCGAUGGUUUGUUCCGGUUGGCGACGAACAUUCAGCUGCGAAACCCCCCCCGAGACACCCAGCUGAGGAGAGCCCACACUCGCCUGAAGCUGCAGCUCAACCAGGACGGCCGGAUCCCGGUCAAAAACAUCCUGAAGAUGUUUCCAGCUGACAAGAAGCGAGUGGAGACAGCACUGGAGUCGUGUGGCCUCAGCUGCAACAGGGCCGAGAGCAUCCCCCCUGACGACUUUCCCCUCGACACCUUCCGCCGCUUCCUCAGCAAACUCUGUCUGCGCCCCGACCUCGACAAGAUCCUCAUGGAGAUAGGGGCCGCAGGGAAGCCUUACAUCAGCCUGGAGCAGCUGCUGGACUUUGUGAACGGGCGGCAGCGAGACCCCCGGCUCAACCCCCUGCUCAGCCCCCCCCUGAGCCCCCAGCAGGGGCUGCGCCUCGUGCAGCGCUACGAGCACAACGCUCACUUCCAGAGCAGGGGCCAGAUGUCAGCCGAAGGCUUCGGGCGCUUUCUGGAAGGGGAAGAGAACAGCAUCGUCCCCCCUGAGACCCUGCAGCUGCACCACGACAUGGGGCAGCCCCUGAGCAGCUACUUCAUCAGCUCCUCCCACAACACCUACCUCACUGCGGGGCAGCUGGCAGGAGCCUCCUCUGUGGAGAUGUACCGGCAGGUCCUGCUGAGCGGCUGCCGCUGCAUCGAGCUGGAUUGCUGGCAGGGUCGGCCCCCAGAGGAGGAACCUUUCAUCACCCACGGCUUCACCAUGACCACUGAGAUCCCCUUCAAGGAGGUGAUUGAGGCCAUCGCUGAAAGCGCCUUCAAGACGUCGCCGUACCCCGUCAUCCUCUCCUUUGAGAACCACGUGGACUCGGCCAAGCAACAGGCAAAAAUGGCUGAGUACUGUCGGAGCAUCUUUGGGGACGCUCUGCUCAUCGAGCCCCUGCCCAAGUACCCG